CCAGCUGGACCAGGUUCAUCGGUUCCAGGGACCCGCGCCAAGACCACCAACUUUCUGAUCCACAACUCGGUUUCCCAACUUUAACACAUCUUCAUCAGGCUAUCCUGCUCUUCUUUCUACGCUCCCCCAAUCUUCCAGACUCAAUCUGGGGUAGGGCCAAUACUUCGUUGCCAAUUGUAUCGUUUUCGCAGGCCGUCCACUUGCCCUCCGUUUCCAUUCUUCAGACUGCAACUCGAGUUCGGCAUCUCGGAACCGGGGCCUUUGUGCCGCAUCCCCCCCCCCUGUAGCUGAGGCAGAGCUCGCAACCUGUUCCGGUCACCAAAAGGCUCUGUUGGUGCUUGGUCUGGCCGACUUCCUGUUGGCGAUUAUCCUCGCCCGCGUGCUUGCCCGUAUUGAAUUGAACCAAUUGGGAAGCCGACACAUAGCUGCAGAGGAAGCGGCAACGCCCGGUCAACAUGGCGACUGCUCAAGCCGCCAAUGAGCUCAAGCAACAGGGAGCUAUUGAGGCAUCCCGCAACCCCAACAGCAACGUCACGGCCGAAGAUGCGGAGCGUAAGAUUGUCGAAGACAGCAGACAAGCCGGCGUGACCGCCUUCACCUUUGACCCAAAUGCUAGCCCAGAGGAGAAGAGGGCUCAAGCACGCGCUGCGAUUCCUGAGGGCUUUCACCGCAGACCGAAAGGCAUUGCGAUCGUUAGCGAUAUCGACGACGGGACCAAGGCCGAUGUCGACCUCCCGCCUCCCUCCAAAGCCGGCGCCAUCGAGGUCCCCAAGGACGAAGACGGAAAGCCUCUCGCGAACGGCCAACCGGUCGAAGGUGAGGAGGACGGCUGGAGCAAGACAGGCUGGGCUCCCCAAUUUGGUUGGCCGACGGAAUCUGCGCAUGAAGGCGAGAGCCUGCUGGACCAUACAACAUUCGUCGAAUCGGUGCUGUCUGAGCAGUUCUUUGGAGACUGGUAUUACAACGCGGCUGUCAUUGCCUUUGCUUGCCUCUCCUCGUGGCUAAUAGCCGUGCUCGGCGGAGGUCUCGCCUGGGUCUUUGUUGUCAUGGCCAUCUGCUCGACAUAUUACCGCACCUCGCUUCGACGGGUGCGCCGCAAUUUCCGAGACGAUAUCACGCGCGAAAUGGCCCUCAAGAAGUUGGAGACGGACAACGAGCCUGUUGAGUGGAUCAACUCUUUUCUUGUCAAGUUCUGGCCCAUCUACCAGCCUGUUCUCGCUCAGACCGUCAUCAACUCGGUCGACCAGGUCCUAAGCGGCGCCACUCCGUCCUUCCUUGACAGUCUGAAGCUCAAGACAUUCACGCUGGGUUCAAAGCCCCCCAGGAUGGAGCAUGUCAAGACUUAUCCCAAGGCCGAGGACGACGUUGUGAUUAUGGACUGGAUGUUCAGUUUCACCCCGAAUGACACGGCCGACAUGACGGCCCGCCAGCUGAAGAACAAGAUCAACCCCAAGGUCAUCCUGGAGAUCAGAAUCGGCAAGGCCAUGGUGAGCAAAGGUCUAGACGUGAUCGUUGAGGACAUGGCCUUCGUCGGCUUGAUGCGUCUCAAGAUCAAGCUGCAGAUUCCCUUUCCUCACGUCGAGAAAAUCGAAAUGUCGUUUCUGGAGCGACCGACGAUCGAUUAUGUCUGCAAGCCGCUUGGAGGCGAGACAUUUGGUUUCGACAUCAACUUCAUUCCCGGUCUUGAAAGUUUCAUCCAGGAGCAGAUUCACGGCACCCUGGCCCCUAUGAUGUAUGCGCCCAACGUCUUUCCGAUCGAGGUUGCCAAGAUGCUGGCCGGUACACCCGUGGACCAGGCCAUUGGCGUAGUCGCUAUCACGCUACACGGUGCGCAAGGUCUCAGAAACACUGACAAAUUCUCCGGCACGCCUGAUCCGUAUGCUGUGGUGUCCAUCAACGGCAGGCAGCCGCUUGCACAGACGAAGGUGGUCAAAGAGAACGCCAACCCUCGCUGGAACGAGACUCACUACGUCAUUGUCACUUCCCUUAAUGAUGCCCUCACCCUUGAUAUAUACGACUUCAACGAUAUAAGGAAGGACAAGAAGCUCGGUUCUGCGACCUUUCCCCUGGAAAAUCUCGAAGAAGUCUACGAGCACCAGAAUGAAAGGCUUGAGCUCACCCACGACGGGAAGGCGAGAGGUGUGCUGCUCUGCGAUGUCCGCUUCUUUCCAGUCCUGGAACCAAAGAAGCUCGAGGACGGAAGCACGGAACCGCCCCCAGAGUCAAAUCAAGGUAUUUUGCGGUUUACUGUCGAGCAAGCCAAGGAGCUCGAUGGUACGAAGAGCAUGAUCGGUUUGCUCAACCCCUACGCUAUGCUCCUCUUGAACGGGAAAGAAGUCCACACCACCAAGAAGCUCAAGCGAACGAACAAUCCAAUAUGGGACAACGGAUCCAAAGAAAUUCUGAUUACGGAUAGGAAGAGCGCGAAGCUUGGCGUGGCCGUCAAGGAUGACCGCGAUAUUGCCGGAGACCAGCUCAUCGGAACCUACCAGAUCAAGUUGGACGACAUGCUUGAAUUUAUGGCCAAGGGACAGCAGUGGUAUAACCUUGCCGGCGCCAAGACCGGGCGUGUGAAGAUGAUAGCGCAGUGGAGGCCGGUGGCUAUCUCGGGCAUUGCUGCUGGCACUGGAGGUUACGUGACACCAGUCGGUGUCCUGCGGGUCCACUUCAAGUAUGCGAGACAGCUGCGGAACGUGGAGGCUCUGGGCAAGUCUGAUCCGUACGCACGGGUCGUCAUGUCCGGCAUCGAGAGGGCACGCACUGUUACCUUCAAAAACAACCUCAACCCCGACUGGGACGAAGUGCUGUACGUGCCUGUUCAUUCGCCGAGGGAGCGCCUCCAGCUGGAGGUCAUGGACGCCGAGAAUGUAGGCAAGGAUCGUAGCCUGGGCCUGACGGAAAUCUAUUCUGGCGAUUAUAUGGCUCAGGACGACAUAGGCGAGUGGUUGGUGCACGACAAGAAGGAAGAGCGGCAAGAUGGCCUGCGCAUGCACGGCAAGGGCGUUGCCAAGGGCGUGCUUACUUAUACUGUGGCCUUCUACCCGACUCUUAACGUCGCCGACCCGGAGGAGGAGGCAGAGAAGGAGAAAGAGAAGGAGCCAGAGAAGGACAGGGAAGUUGAGGAGGAGAAGGACAACUUCUCCUUGAGCAGGCCAUCACUCGACGCGAAAUCGUCCGUCAGGCAAUCUUUGGAUGUGAGGCCCAACGACGGAAAAGAACCCAGCACACCAGCCACACCGACAAGCCCUGCUUCCGGGGUCUCUCCCAGGAGGUCACGCGAUGACCGGGAGCCGCCCAAAGUCUACCUCACGCCACAAGAGCUGCUCAGACACGAGUCCGGCUUGGUCAUCUUCCGACUUAUGGAAGCAGACCUACCCAAGAGCCAGACCCGUAUCGAGGUCUUUGUCGACGACAUGGCUUUCCCGUCUUACGUCUCUUCCAUAGCGAGAUCGCGGCAUCACAAGUUUGAUGAAAUUGGCGACUGCUUUAUUCGCGAGCUCGAGUUUUCCAAGUUGACCAUCAAGGUCUCGGAGAGGACUGACAAGCAGGAAGAGGGCAGCAAGCAGCACACGCUGGCUCGUCUGUCAGGCAACACGCUCGAUACUCUCAAGCAGUGCUUGAACAACCCCACUAUCCUCAAAAUGAAGGAUGAGGACGGCAAUGUAUACUCGAUCCGCGUCAGCCUCAAGUACGUCCCGGUCAAAAUGAAGCUAGACCCAAGCGAGAGCAUCAACAACAUGGGCAAUCUCCGAGUCGAUGUGUUAAACGCCCAACAUCUCCCUUCUGCCGACGCCAACGGCAAGAGCGAUCCCUACGUGAAGUUUGAGUUCAACGGCCAGGAGGUGUUCAAAACGAAGACGCAGAAGAAGACGCUGAACCCUGAAUGGAACGAGUUCUUCAACGUGCCAGUCCCCUCCAGGGUGGCUGCCAAAUUCAGGGCCACCGUAUGGGACUGGGACUUUGCAGACAAGCCCGAUUACCUCGGAGGCACCGACAUUAGCUUGAACGAGCUGGAGCCAUUUAGGGGACAGGAGUUUACGUACAAGCUGGACGGAAAGUCAGGCAUCCUCCGUCUCCGCAUGCUCUUCACGCCCGAUUACGUCACCCGGACAAGACAAGGGACAUCGACUCUGGCGGGAACCUUUUCGGUGCCGGGCAGGAUUGUCACUGGGGUCGCCGGCGUCCCGCUCAAGGGCGUGGGAGCGGUGGGUCACGGGGUUGGCAAGGGUGCAUCCUUCCUCAUGCGCGGAAUUCGCGGCAAGAAGGACGACGAUGUUAGCAGCGUGUCGUCAAGAAGCUCGGUCGACGUGCCGCGGAUCACCACCGAAGCCCCGCCCGACGGCGGAGUCGCCGCCAACGGCGGCAUUUCAAUGCCGCUCCACCACAACCGCAACAAGAGCGUUAGUGGAUCAUCAAUUCACAGCGCCAUUAUCCCUGGGGCGGCGUCGGGCACCGCGUCCUUCACCAUCGUCUCUGCCUCGGGCUUUCCGCCGUCAACGGACGUCUAUGUCACAAUCACCCAGGUCCGGGAGGGCAAGUCCAAGCAGGUGGGCAAGACGAAGCACCGUAAGGCGUCGGCCGGGACGGUCCGGUUCGACGAGACGUUCCGCAUCCAGUGCACGCCCGACGCGCAGUUCAAGGUCGAGGCCAAGGAGCACCAUACCUUUGGCAGCGACCACCCGCUGGGCGAGACGCUGUACUUUGUGGACGAUUCCAACUCGGGCAUAGAGAAGCAGCUGCCCGUGGGAGAGGGCACGGUCGCCAUCAAGAGCGGGUUUGUCCCGUCUGGUGGGGAGGACGGCGGCCGGUUGGGGUUGCCCGACAGUCCGAAAUCGACCAAGUCGGUUACCAGGAGGAGCUUUCUAAGUAAAGGGGGUUUGAGAGUGCCGAGUCGAGAUGGGACGCCCUCUUAGUGGGCGGGCAAUACAUCGCGGAGGGUGCCUGGUGUGGUAGCUGAGAGGUGGAGGAGGCGAUGAACGGAAUGGUUUCUUAUUCGGUCUUGGUUUACUGAUUACAUGGUUCUUGUUCCGAUCUUAGCGUUGAUACCUUAUUUCUCAGUUAGCCGCUGGGAUUUAUAUAUCUUGGAUAGGGCUGGAUUUGGGUGAGUCGGUAGUCCAUAGCCGGAUGAGAGACUGGAUCAGAGGAAUUGCGAGGACAGGUGUCUUGAAGAAGGGCGCGUUAGGUACAACAAUAAUUGGUUUGUAAGCUCGUUCAGGGUUUUGGAUUCUUCCCCAGGUUCUCGCAGUGGCCUGUUUCAUACACUCACUCACAGGAGAGCAACUUCCAAACUGUAAGCCAUUGGCCAAUGGCAG